GCCUUUUCGACCCAAGGUCCGACCUCAGAGGCCAUGGGCCAGAGGAGUGCAUUGCCCAGUGCGCCGUUCCAGAUGGCGCCGCCCAAGGGUCCAGAGGUGUGCAGACGCCCAUCCUGUUCAACAUAAGCUGAGUCGGUAUCGCAAGAGGACACCCCUCCUGCUGUCUUUUCGCCUUUUGAUCUCUUCUUCUGUGUAGACCUAUCCUCCACAUCUUACACGCACACUUCUUUUCAUCUCGGCUUUUUCUCUGCCACUGCGAUCGUCAACUACAUAGCGCGGGACGAGGUUCUCCCGUCAGGAACCAUAGUGAGCAUGAUUUCUUCACCACGGGCGCGGCUGCCGCUGCACGUCCUUGCGCUUCUUCUAUGCCUCGACCUCCUCGAAUAUUCGCGAGUCCUUGCACAAUCCGGUGAUGGCGGUGGAGCUCAGGGCGUGGAACCGGGUGACAUCGGUUCUAGUCCUGGAAGUUCGUCAGAAGAUGCCGGUGCUGCAGGCCCAGAUACCGGGUCUGUGAAUUUGAGUCGUGGGGCUACGAUCGCAAUCGCUUUGGUUGUGAGCUUAGUGGUCGUUCUUGGUGCCACGAUGACUGUGUUGUUCUACCUGGCAAAGAAGAGACAGUGGAAGAUCAAAGACAGCAUUAGACGGUCAGCAAGAAAGGUCACGAGCGCUGUCAAGGCCGUUGCCACGCCACUUACUCCCAAGAAAAUGACCUUCCCCGCUGUCGAGAAUAAACGACAAAAGGGGGACACAUUGAAGAAGGCGAACGAUCAACUACUGCAGUCAACAUCAAAUGUGACCGUUGAAAAGGAGGGGGCAAGUGGGAGCCGGUCCUCGUCGAGGCGCAGUGGUCGUGACCUUGAAAAGGGACUGCCAGAUGGUGCCGUCAAGGUCGAAUCAACGGAGGACAACGACUCAAUCGAGGCAAAAUCUGGAAAGAAGGACGGGAAACGGCAGAGGCCUUCGAGUGUGUCCAUUCCAUCUUCGGCUUUUGAGAUGGACAGUCCCAAGACGCCCAUGUGGAAGAGAGUGUUUGGACGCUAGAGGGGCCGUCAGGAACGACCUGGAACGGGACCGGCCAGGUGGAGUUUACAUGAUUGCGAACACUUAGGAUCGAGUACCGAUAUUGAAGGCACACUUUUGGGGAACAUGUUGAUAUGUCGAACACGCCAUCUGUUGCAAUGAUACUGUGGCAAUGAACAAAGGACAGG